UAGCCGCAAUAAGUGUGGAAACAACAACAAAUCUUGUAGAUUUUGCAUGUUACAACUAAUUCAUGUUCUCUUCAGUUUACAGAUGUGUUUUAUCCCAGCUUAAAUAUGAGUACUCCGAUAUCUAAGGAAGAAAUAAAUUUCAUUAGACUAUUAACACGAUGCGAAAAUUUCGUACCUAAACGGGAGCCAAAUGAAUGGCGAUUGGAACAAUAUGUUAAAAAUAUUGAAGAAAGACUUGCAGAACUGAAGAAAAUGAAUACUUGUCAAUCAAGUCAAGAUACUUUGACUGAAUACACAAGAAGAGUUGAAUUUCUUAGAGGAGUUUUAGAAGCUGAAAAAUUACCAACAGUAACUGAAAAGGCCAUGGCAAACCAGUUAUUAGCUCCUGGAUCAUUUACUACUCCCAGUAAUAAAAUUCAUCAACAAACUAAAGCUCAAUAUUUAAAAGAAAUGAGAGAGGAAUUAUUAGGAAAGAGUGAUGAUAGUGGAUUUGAUGGAAUGCGAUUAAGAAAGACAAGUAGCAGUGUACCUCAAGAUGAUUUUGAUGCUGUCAUGCAGUAUCAUAAUUCAAUGCAAGAAAAAGUGGCCCAAGAAAUGAUGUCACUUGUUCAGAACUUGAAGCAGAAUAGUUUGUUAGCUGGGCAUAUCAUUAAAAAAGAUACUGAGGCUCUUCAAAAAUCAACUUCUUUGGCUGAUGAUCGACAUUCGCAGCUUAAAACUGAAAGUGAGAAACUAGAAACUUUUGUGAAAAAAUCUUGUAAUUGGGGUGUAUGGAUAAUGAUUUUGAUUGUAUGUUUUACAUUUAUGUGGAUGAUUGUAUUUAUUCGUUUAUUCCCUAAGCGGUGAUAUUUUGAUAAUGUAUUUAGUCAAAAAUUUUCAUGUGUAUAUAUGAUUAAAGAUAUAUAUAUUUUA